UAUGAAAGAAAUCAAACUAGAUUUUAUCGGGAAUUUUUAUCAACAUAUUUCGACAAUAUGGUGCCACAAUAUUUGAGUUUAAAUAAAUGUUUAUUAUUGGAGGGAGAUAGCAAUUGACUUCCACAAUCAAUUUUGUGAAAUUGGAUGUGCCUAUUUAUAGAGAAACAUCCAUGUUCAUGCAUCACUUGGUGUUGAGGUUUUAUUUCGUGUAAGCGAAGAAGUGCAAGUGAAAAUAAACGAAACCAACAAUUUUACGCGGAAAAAAUGAAGGAUAAAGAAAAGGCUACCCCAAACGAAUUUCAAUGGCGAAAUGCUGGAAAUCAAUACAUUGCUGUAUGUUUAGCAAAUAUAAUAUGCUUGGGCCAUGGGUUAUUGCUUGGAUGGCUUAGCCCAUCGCUACCAAAACUCCUGUCGGAGAGUACUCCAUUGAAAACGGGACCAUUAACUAACGAGCAGCUGUCAUGGAUUGGAUCGAUAAAUAGUAUCGGUGCAAUAUGUGGAACAUUUAGCACUGGAUUGUUAACUACCUUCAUUGGAUGCAAACGAGCGAUGUUGCUCCUUUCAGUACCUUCAAUACUUUUUUGGGCACUGAUUCUCAUUGGCGAUACAUAUUAUCACGUUUUAGUGGCGAGAAUUUUUACUGGCUGGACUGGAGGUGGCAUUCAAACGACUCUAAUCUUGUUCACUUCAGAGAUCGCCAAUAAUAAUGUUCGUGGUCGACUUGGCUGCUAUACACCGUUGGCACGAAACAUCGGCAUUUUAACUGCUUAUAUUUUGGGUGCAUUUGUUAGCUACUACACGGUGCCAUGCAUCUUCGUUAUCGUCCCGAUUCUCUUCGUUAUCUCUUUUACAUUCCUUCCAAAUACACCGCAGUAUCAUCUACUAAGGGGUGAAUCGAAAAAAGCUGAAGAUUCACUCAAAUUUUACAAAGGCUGCAAAGGCGAAGAUGCUGAUGAGGUGAAUGCGAUCAAUGCGGAAUUUGAGCGGCUAAAAUCAAUUGCGCACGAGAAAAAGACGGAUGAGAAAAUUUAUCUCCAAGAUAUUUUUAACAAAGCUGCGAUACGUGGAUUGACAAUUGGUGUGAUUCUGGCAUGGUUGACGCAAUUAACGGGUGGUUUUACUUUCGUUACCUAUGCCGUUUUAAUUUUCGAAAAAGUCGGAGUUUCACACAUCGAUCCAUACAUUGCUUCCAUCACAUUGGCCAUCGUUCAAAUUAUGGGAAGCUUCUUCACAACACAACUCUCGGAUCAUUUGGGCCGAAAGUUUUUAGUGUUAACUUCAUUGUUUGGCUCUGCUUUUGGACUGUUUUCAUUUGCAUUGUACGCGUAUUUGAGCCACAUUGGCUUUGAUUUAUCCUCAUUUGACUGGAUGCCCGUUGUGUGCUUGUCUUUUGUCAUUUUCAUCGCAUCGGCUGGCGUCAUUCCGUUGGCCAUUGUGUGCACCGUGGAAAAUCUGCCGUCAAAGAUUCGCACGCUUGGCUUGACGAUAUCCACUUUUGGAUAUAAUAUUGCAUGUUUUACAUGUUUAAAGCUAUUUCCGAUUUUGAUGAGCAUAAUUGGGCUGCACGGUUGCAUGCUGAUUUAUGCCGUCACAUGUACGCUUGGUGCAUUGUUUGUGCUCACAGUGAUGGAAGAGACCAAAGGUCGAUCGUUGGAUCAGGCCGAUAAAAAGGUGGCGAGAGUGUACAAGAAGAGUUAUGGUAAAUUGCCAUCGUUACCAUCGACUCAAAUGGCAGUUUAAAACUGCCCCGACAAAAAAUGAACGACAAAUUGUUGAAUACACAGUACGACAGGUGUUUUUUUUAUUUUGUCCCUGGCGAGAUAUUUGAAGGGCUGAAAGAGGGCCUCAAAUCAUGAAGAACUGCAUCAUUACUUUUUGUAAGUUGGUAAGGUUUUGUCGUUUUUCGAUAUUUUGCGUUUCCAGUGUACAAGUCAUUGUCAAAUGGUAUUGCAUGCCAUUUACUCCCAUUCCUAGUGGUUUUACGUAUAUGAUUACUUCUACAAAAAUGUUUAGCGGUCAAUUCUACAUGGAAAUACACCACAGGCCAUAAGUUUGGAUACCCCUAUGAAUGAAUUUGGCCCAAAAUUUUUAAAUUUCAAACCGCUUGUCAAAUUUCAACAUGCUAUACGUCGUUGGAAAGGUCUCGGAGAGUACGUAUCAUUUUUGGUAUUAAACAUCAAAAUCGGCCAGCUUUUGGCCAAGAUAUGGCUGAUUGAAGAUUUCGGCCAAAAAUUACAAACGGCCAUAUCUUGGCCAAACGCCGGCCGAUUUUGAUGUUUAUUACCACAAAUCACAUCUACUUUUCAAGACCUUUCCAAUGGCGUAUAUAACUUUUUAAUCCGAUGGCCUGUUCAAGACUUCGAUUUUGGCUCCCACAGCUCAAAGGCCAAAAGAUGGCCAUAGGCUGGCCAAAUGUUAUCUUCCAAAUCAUCCAUUCGGUCAGAAUUUCGAUAUAUUUUCAUAUCCAAUACUAAAUUUCAAGUGAAAAUGUUCAAAAAACGUAGGAACAAACGUUUCAUAGGGGUAUCCAAACUUAUGGCCUGUGGUGUAGAUUUUCCAGAUCCAGAAAUUUCCAAUGAUUGUGUGAAAUAUGGUCAAAAAUGUCCAAAAUGCCGCAAAAUCUAUGAAAAUCACAAAAAAUCGACUUUUCCUCGAAAAUUCCUCAAACAUACACUUUUCAGGGUUGGUGUCUUGGUAAAAAGUUAUUUUUUCUCGAAAAUUUGGGGAGUCUUCUCAGUCGAAAAUUCAUAAAAGUGAUUUAUUAAGGUACCUCCCGAACAAAAGUGACAUUUUUCAUGGAUUUUGCCAUGAAAUUAUCGUGUUUUGUUCGGGUUGUACCUCAAAAAGUCACUUUUAUGAGUUUUUGACUGAGAAGACUCCCCAUAUUUUUGAGAAAAAAUAACUUUUUACCUGAAAAGUGUAUAUUUCAGGAAUUUUCGAGGUAAAGUCGAUUUUUUGUGAUUUUCAUAGAUUUUGCGGCAUUUUGGACAUUUUUGACCAUAUUUCACACAAUCAUUGGAAAUUUUUGGAUCUGUAAAGUCUAUUUCCAUGUAGAAUUGCCCGCUGAAAAUUUUUGUAGAAGUAAUCAUAUCCGUAAAACCACUAGGAAUGGGAGUAAAUGGCAUGCAAUUUCAUUUGACAAUGACUUGUACACUGGAAACGCAAAAUACCGAGAAACGACAAAACCUUACCAACUUUCAAAAAAAAUGAUGCAGUUCUUCAUUGAAACACCUGUCGUACUAUGAUAUGUAUUCAAUUAAUCCUGUACAGGAAUUUAAAUAAUAGUUCGGGAUAUGAUAAGAGUUAAGAGAGCUCGUAAUUUAAUCUAAGCUAGGAUAGGGUCGACGCCAGUAUCUUUAAGUGAUAAAUGCCAUUUAAAUUCAAGUGAUAAAUAUGAGUAUGUUAUAAAAUUAGUGUAAAUAAAAGCAAGCAUCUGGUUUCUUUUUAACCCAU